AUGCUUGCACUUCGCUCGGCCCCAAAAUCCUCCAACUCCAACGAGACUUUGACAGGGAACUGUACGCCAAACAUACUCCCAUGUCGAAUCCACUACGACGGUCCUAUUGAGACUUCCAAACGUCAUUGGCAUGCUGUAAAGGGCGAAAAGGAAGACAAGCAAACCGCAUACUUUCGUGGCCGCAAGCUGCAAGGCAGACUCGUCCAGCUUCCGGAGGGAUAUGAAGGAGUAGUUGCAUCCCCAACGAACCGUCUCGUUCCAGCAGCCAACAGAAACAGCAAUAUGGAUGAUGAGCUGCCCGAAGAGCCUGUCAAAAUCCUUGAAUCUCAGGCCACAUUCGACAGCUUUGUUGUUUGGGGCCAUGAAAUCCCGCCUGCUGCUGAUGAUACAUUCGUGAAAGGGGUGGAUGAAUGGAUAAAGCUUGCAGAAGCAAUUCACAGAGAGUCCCAACAACCGGAAAAGACCGCAUAA